AUGUCAUCGUGGCAGGCAUCGGCUGCUCAGGCAAUAUGGUUCAUCUGCUUGAAGGACCUCAGCCCUACGGACUUCACGGCAUUCACGGCAGGUCACUCCCGAUUUGCGCUGGGCGUCAAGAUGGGACGUCCCGACCUCAAUGUGAUCGUUGUAGCGGGCGACGGCGACUUCCUGAGCAUCGGCAACGAGCACAUCGCUCCGCAGGCAGCGCGCAAUCUCGAUGUCACGGUCGUCAUUAUGGACAAUGCCGUUUAUGGGCUUACAAAGGGACAGAGUUCUCCCACGACAAAGCUGGACGCCAUCACCAGUUCCACGCCAUUCGGAAAGCCUGAAGCUAAGCUUGACCCACUUGCCCUCUAUCUGACUCUCGGUGUGUCAUACAUUGCAUCCCAUGUGUCCACAAAGGUCAGGGACUUGGGCACUACCAUUGCAGACGCGAUGAACCACAAGGGCUUUUCCAUCGUGCAUGUGCAGUCGCCUUGCACCACCUACAACAACACCUUCAUGGAACUGAAGGGCAAUGUGCGGCAGGGCAUCCCGCCACUCGCGUGGGACAUCCCGGAGCAGCACGAUCCCAGCGACUAUGAGGCCGCUCACGAAUUAAUCAACCAGGGCGGCGUACCUGUGGGCGUCAUUUACAAGGACACCGAUAGGCCCUCCUUCCAGGAUCGCAUCGACGUCAUCAACGACAAGUCGUUCUCGCGGCAGGUGGAGAAUAUGAUCGAGUCCUACGCCAUUUAG